GUUUCAGGAUGCAGCAAUCGGAUAGCCUACCGCUUUCAGAAAGCACUAGAAUAGGAUUCCGGUGAAAGAACGUCCCACGUCUCAUCUCUCAACUGUUGGGAUGUGGGAGCAAAGUGGUAUUUUCUACUUGCGCCCGGUUUCAUAAUAGGCCGCAACCUCGUUUCUCUGAAUGCCCCGCCGCCACCAUCACUAGUUCCUUCGCAUCGCUGCAAAUCGGAACGUAGAGAAGCCUAUGAUAGUGUAAGGCUCUCCGAGCCUGAAUCAAAUUCUCGUAUCUCAGAUUGUGUGUUUCAAGGACUCUCUAGAGCCAUCACCGGAUUGAGAACUUGUCUUGUCCCCAAGACUUACCAGCCUUACCUUCGUGCCACAUAUAAUCUUGGUGUGCGUAUCUCACAACCAAGAUACUUCAAUCAGACACAACAUAUCUCUCGCAAUGAUGGACCCUCCAGCCUACUCUUCGGUUCCCAAACAUUCUGAGAAGGUGUGGGACACUCGCUUGAAGAUCAUUGUUGGUCUUGAUUAUGGAACAACCAAUUCUGGUAUCAGCUACGUGACAUCGGAUCAGAAUUCAGCCGACAAAAUCGAAGUGAUCAGACAAUGGCCAAAUGGACCGGGGACAAUCGGAAAAGUACCUUCUGUCAUUGCCUACAAGAGUGAGAAUGUUUCCGAAAAGCUUGAUGAAGAUCAAUGGGGCUUCAACGCAGCUGGCUACACUUCCUGCCAGUGGACAAAGCUGCUCCUCGGAAAAGAUCCCCGUACUUCAAUCAUCCAGAGCAAUGAUUUUUGUACUCUCCCUCGAAACAAAACUGCAAAGGAUGUUGUUAGAGACUACCUGCAAGGUCUUUAUGGCUAUCUGAUCGAACGCCUCCAAAAGCACGACGACACGACGUACAAUAUCACUCCUGUCCAGUUCUGGAUCACCGUUCCCGCUAUGUGGUCUGAUGCAGCAAAGAUGGCAACGAUCGAGGCAGCACAAGCUGCUGGGUUUGGAUCCAGGGCAAUGGACUCUAUACACAUCAUCACUGAGCCUGAAGCUGCAGCUUUGAGUGUCCUAAUGCCUCGAGUGGGCUUCGGCACUGUGACUGGUUUCGAAAAAGGUCCUCAGAAUGUGUUGAUCUGUGAUUGUGGUGGUGGGACAGUCGACAUCGUUACCUAUCAAGUGGCAUUGAAAGACGGUCGUCUUGAGUUCAAAGAACUCUUGGUGGGUGUUGGUGCUUUGUGUGGCUCGACUUUUAUCGACCGAAACUUCGAUUCUUGGAUGAAGCAGAAGUUUGGUACCGCAUAUACCAAGCUAAGUGAAGAAGAAAGAGGUCUGUCAAGUCAUUUCUUCCGCCAAUUCGAGACCACGAAGAAGAAUUUCACGGGGCCGGCCCACACAAAGCGACUGGACGUUUGGCCCAUCAAUAUGAAUGCUCCCAAAUCGCCACAUUAUGACAAGCGAAAUUUCACAGUCAAGCUUCAAAGUGCCGACAUGCUGGAGAUGUUCGAUCCUCCCAUCAAUGAGAUAAUAAAGCUCGUCGAGUCUCAGGUCACUGCAGCUUCGAAGAAAGGGGACCAGAUUCACCAAUUGUUCCUUGUCGGUGGAUUCGGCGAGUCACCUUACCUCAAUCUGAGAAUGAAGGAGUGGUGUCUGGAACAUGAUAUUAAGCCCAGCUGUCCUCCUUCUUGCCAAGAAGCCAUCGUAAAAGGAGCAGCCCUACGAGGAUUGGAGCUUCUGACUCCCACUGUACGUCUCGCUCGUCGCCACUAUGGCUACAGUGUUUCUAGAGCUUUCCGCGAAGGCGUCGAUGAUGAAAAUGACUCCUGGUAUUCCGAAUGGGACGGCAGUAAGCGGUGCGGCAGCCGAGUGCAGUGGUUCUUGGCCAAGGGCGACCCUAUUGAUAACUUCAAGCUCAAGUCUUUCGACAUGGCUAGAUCAUACUACGAAGAUUCUGGAGAUCUGGAGUCCACCUUCACAAUCUACAGCUGCGAUCAAGAUGAUAAGCCUGAGUACACAACACACUGGUCAAUGCAGAAGAUUGGGAAAGUGAAGUUCACAUUCACUGAUGCUGAGAUGAUGACUGGGAAGACGAAAAUCAUGAAGGGUCGGAAGAUGUACAGAAUUCACUUUGACAUUGAGGUGGACUUGUUCUCGGACAGAGGUGACCUCCAAUUCAAUACCCUGGUGAACGGGCAGAAGAAGGACAAGGCAAUUAUCCAAUUUGAACAGAGGUUUGACGCGAAGGGAGGCAAUUGACAAGAAGGUGCAGUCCGGAUUUGGUGCUAGCUGGAGAUGCGCGAUGAGAAAUGCUGCUCGCUUACGAUUGAUGAUUGUUUUGAUUUUUAGGUAGCUUCAAA